AGGCAACAUCAUGCUGCGGCACUGUCUCAGUCUAACACAAUAGCAGUGUCGAGCGGGCGACGAUGGGUUCGAAGUAUGGAGUCAUCGUCAUGGGGCCCGCCGGCGCGGGCAAAACAACGUUCUGCUCCGCGCUCAUUCAACAUCUUCGCACGCAGAAACGGUCAUGCUUCUAUAUCAACCUUGAUCCGGCUGCCGAGGAGUUUGUCUACGAGCCAGACAUCGAUAUCAAAGAACUCAUCACACUUGAAGAUGUAAUGGAAGAGCUUCAUCUCGGCCCGAACGGCGGCCUAAUAUACUGCUUCGAGUUUCUACUCGACAACAUGGACUUUCUCACUGAUCCACUUGAAGCAGUCACCGACGAGUACUUGAUUGUCAUCGAUAUGCCGGGACAGAUUGAGCUGUACACGCACGUACCUAUUGUACCGAAUCUAGUUAAGGCACUUACGCGAGGUAGCCUUAACAUCAGCAUGUGUGCAGCCUAUCUGCUGGAGAGUACGUUUAUUGUCGAUCACUCCAAGUUCUUCGCCGGCACUCUAAGUGCUAUGAGCGCUAUGCUUAUGAUGGAGUUACCGCACGUCAACAUUCUCAGCAAGAUGGAUCAGGUUAAAGGGCAGGUGGCGCACAAAGAGCUAAAGCGUUACAUCGAGCCUGACGUCAACCUACUCCAGGAUGUGCCAGAGAGUGGGCUUGUAUAUGAUUACAAGAAUGACCUCGACAAUGGCGAAUCGAUUGGCCGAUCGGACGUCCUUACUGGUGAUGCUUUCACCAAGCUCAAUCGCGCAGUUGGGCAGCUCAUUGACGAUUUCAGCUUGGUCUCUUUCCUGAAGCUCGAUGUCCAAGACGAGGAUAGUGUAGGUGCCGUACUGAGCUACAUCGACGAUGCGAUCCAGUUCCACGAGGCACAAGAACCGCGGGAACCAAACGAUGACCUGGUAGACGAACCCAUGGGCGAUAUGGGAUGAAGUCUGACCGGUUCAAAUCGAUGAUCAUUUCUCGCGACCA